AUGUCAUUUCAUAACGGGAAAAGCCCCGCCUCCAGCAAUCUCAUGGAUCAAGUUCCAGCAAAGCCAACAGUCAUUGGCAUCUACGGCAUUCCAGGCUCGGGAAAGUCUUUCACCCUCGAAUACCUGCGCAAGGACCUCGGCGAGGAAGAAUUCGCAUUCUUCGAAGGCUCUGAAGUCAUUGCCUCUCUAAUCCCCGGAGGUCUUGCCGCAUUUCAGAAACUCACUGAUGACGAAAAGUAUGAGUGGCGCGUCAAAGCAAUCAACCACAUCAAGGAUGAAGCUAUCACCAGUUCCCGAGUCGCUGUAGUCACUGGGCACUUUAGUUUCUGGUACAAGGAGAACGGAAGAUCCAGUUAUGUCCUCACAGACGAUGACUGGGACACGUUCACCCAUAUCAUCUAUCUGAAGCCUGACGAGCAGACCAUUCUGUCAAACAUCGUGAGCGACAAGAAGGAUAGACCUCACAUGUCCGAUUUGACCAUGGAGCACUUGAGACGUUGGCAAAGGGAUGAGAUCUAUUCGCUGCGACACUAUUGUUGGGCGAAUAAGAUUCUUUUCCUUGACAUGGAAUCUCCCAUGCCAUGGAACGCCCUGACCUAUGUUCGAAACUUCAAAAAGCCCGCAACAGCUGAAGCAAACAUGUCAGAGGUGAUGAAGCGACUGGAGGAGGUCGUUGCUCUGCAUGACAGCAAAGAACUCCAGACAUUCCUGGUCUUUGAUGCCGACAGAACGUUGUCGGCUAAAGAUGGUGGGCGUCUCCUCAUGAGCGAGGUGGAGGAAGACGAGUGGAAACUCGAUGGCUCUCUCGUGAGCGAUAUCUUCCGUGGUCCGAUGGGGUACUCGGAUGAUGCAUUCCGCCAGGCAACCUUGCUCCUGGAAGAGAAAUGCACCGAUGAGGUGUUCGAAAGACAUUGCAACACGGUGUCAGCAUCCGUCUCUCUACGCCCCGAGUUUCUAUCUCUCCUGCGCCUCGCCGCACAAAAGAAACACAUCGGCGCUGUUGUCGUGACCUGUGGCGUUGGACGUCUAUGGACCAAGGUCUUGGAGCACCAUGGCCUUGCCGACAGUGUCAAAGUGAUUGGCGGUGGGAGGUUCUCGAGUGGUUACAUUGUCACGCCAGGUGUCAAGGCUGCUGUUGUAUCGCAGCUCCGAGAUGUUCAUGAGCUCUACGUCUGGGCCUUUGGCGAUAGUCCUUUGGAUAUCCCCAUGUUGUGGGAAGCGGACCAAGCUGUUGUUGUUGUUGGUGAAGAGGGGAUCAGAAGCAAGACUAUGGAUGAGGAGUUGGAACCGGUCAUUCGAGAACAUCACCUACGAGCCCGACAGCUUCUUCUGCCAAGUACAGCGUCGCCUAGACUUGACACCAGCACUCUACCUGUUGUCAGCAUGGACGAAAACUUCGUCAACUCAAUCGUUGACCCCCGCCCUGACCGCCAGCCGCUCAAGAUAUUCGACGCAACCCAUAAAGCCGCCGCCAAGCUUCUCAUGUCACCUAUGCGCGACGCCGCAGUAUUUGGUCCAAUGCUUCGACAAGCACACGCCAAUGUCGGGCGAUAUCUCGCCACCGAGUAUGUAUCCGAGCUCAUCGGCCUUGAGGACUACGCCAUUCCCCACGUGCAGGGCCAUAACACGACCGGUUAUUAUCUCCGCAAUGAAGCUACUACUUCGAUCGUCGCUUUGAUGCGCGGCGGUGAACCGAUGGCGUUCGGCGUUAGUGAUGUGUUCCCGCAAGCCAUGUUCAUUCAUGCCUCUGCCGCUGAAGACGUGAAGAUGCAUCAUGUCCAGGGACAGUCGAAUGUAAUCUUGGUAGACUCUGUGGUCAACAGCGGCAAGAGCGUCAUUGAGUUCAUCAAGCGUGUUGUCCGUCUUGAGCCCAACGUCAACAUCACGGUCGUGGCCGGGGUAGUUCAGGCCGAGGCGAUUGCCGACGGUCAUCUAUUCUCCAAGGUCAUGAAAAGGCAUGGAGCUGGAUUGGUUGCGCUUCGGGUAUCGGAGAACAAGUUCACUGGAACCAAGACGACCGACACCGGCAAUCGGCUGUUCAACACGACUCACUUAGCUUAG